CUGAGUCACUAUAAUUUGACUAUCAAUAAAAAAUCAAGCGCAGUUGUUACAUUUGAUAGAACACAAAAUCUUGCAACAUAAUUUUAUGUAACACUGAGCGCUAUUGAAUAAGCAGCAGCUUACAGGGAUCUCGUGUUCGAAUUCCAUAUUUUUUGUUUAAAUCUUCCAUACCAUCUUUCAAAAAAAAAAAAAAAACCGCACACACACAGACACUAAUACCAAGAGGCCGUGAGAGUUACCACAGAUCCAGAUAUGGAGGGUCCUUGGAAGAAGCCAUGGGUGAUUUUGAUGGAAGGAAUAGUAUUGAUUCAAUUACUCUGUAGGAAUAAUGGGUGCUUUACGGAAGAGAAGAGGUCUCUGCUUGAUUUCAAGGCUUCCUAUUCCAAUGAUGCUUUGUUACCUUCUUGGGUGAACGAUAGUCCAAAGAGUAACUGUUGUGAAUGGGAGCGUGUAACUUGUGAUCCCUUCUCUGGCCACGUCACCCAUCUCUCUCUGGAAUCUGUAAAUAGAAACUCCGGUCAAAGUUGGGGUGGAUGCCUUGAUAAUACAAAUUCUAGUAGCUUAAAUGGGUCUUUAUUCUUAUCUUUCAAGUAUCUGAGAUAUCUUAGUCUGUCUGCUAAUUGUUUUGAUGGCUUCAUUUGGGAGAGAGAUAAUGGAAGCAAGUCAACAUUAAAGAGGUUGGAGACAUUAGAUUUCAGUUCCAAUAACUUCAAGGAGAAUAUAAUGGAGUUCUUGUAUAGUCUAAUAUCCCUAAGGAAAUUAAUUCUUGCACAUAACAAAAUUGGUGGACUCUUUCCUAGCAAAGAACUAUCAGUUUUAUGCAACUUGGAGUCAUUGGACUUGAGUUUCAAUAAUCUUAGCGGCAGCCUGACAACUCAAGGACCUUUUUCUCUGGGAAAUUUGACAUCGCUUCAAACUCUUGAUCUCUCACAUAACUCUUUGAGCGGGAACAUUCCAGAACCUUUGCUUGCUAGACUUUCAUCAUUGGAGCAUCUUUCUCUUUGUUUCAACAAUUUUGAGGGUUUAUUUUCACUGAACAUUUUGGCUAAUCAAUCAAAGCUUAAGGUUUUACAAAUAGGAGAUAUGAGUUCUAAAACAUUUCAGGUUCAAACUGAAAACAGACCUUGGAAUGCAUCAUUUCAAUUGGAAGACUUAGAGAUUUUCUCUUGUAAAUUAAACCUACCUACAAGAACCUUUCCUUCUUUCCUUUCAUCUCAAAAUGCCUUGAGACGAGUUGAUCUAUCAGAAGCCAAUUUGGCUGGUACGUUUCCCAAUUGGUUCUUCAUGAACAAACCAAGAUUGAAAUAUGUGUUUUUAUCAAAGAACUCAUUUGUUGGAUCUUUUGAGCUACCUGUUAAUCAAAGUCAACAGAUGAACCAAUUAUACACAUUGGACAUAUCAAACAACUUGAUUGAAGGUGAGCUUCCCACCAACAUAGGGUUCUUCUUCCCAUUUUUAGACUACUUGGAUGUUUCAAGCAACAGAUUUGAUGGCUCUAUUCCUUCAUCAAUUGGAGAGAUGUCAACCUUGAUUGACUUGGAUUUGUCAUACAAUAAUUUUUCUGGGAAUGUUCCCAAACACUUUUUUAAAGGAUGCAUCUCUCUACAAUCAUUGCUAGUGGACAAUAACAAUUUCAACGGAACAUUCCCAAGCUUUGUUAGAAGUCCCAACCUAACAAGAAUAACAGCAUCAAGGAAUAAUUUUGAAGGCCAAAUAACAGAAGAGAUGUGUGUACUGAUUAGGCUUCUGGCUUUAGACUUGUCUUACAAUAACUUCUCAGGUGCACUGCCUUCUUGCUUGAACAUGCCAUCUGCAGGACUCAUUAACUUGCAAGGAAAUAGUCUUACGGGCACAAUACCCGAAGCGUUAUUAAAUGGAACAAUGAGGAUGGCUAUUGAUCUCAGCAACAACAAAUUUGUAGGAACUAUUCCGGAGAGUGUGGGCGGCCUUCAAAGUUUGAUGUUUCUUUUGUUGGGAGGUAAUCAGUUGCAAGGCCACAUUCCUAAUCAAAUAUGUCAGUUAAAAUAUUUGCAGAUAUUAGACCUUUCCCAAAAUAAUUUCACUGGCUCAGUACCUUCUUGCUUCAAUAGUACUACGUUUGCUUCAGGGAAACAAUCACUGUUGUUUGGUCUUCUUUUCAAUCCGUUGUUACAACUCAUAAUAAAAGGUUUAUCCCUUUCGUACAAUACAGAGUUGCUUGAAAUCAUGACAGUUUUGGAUUUGUCAUCUAAUCAAUUGACAGGAGAAAUUCCGCACCAAAUAGGAGAACUGAGUGGCCUUCAUGCACUCAAUUUAUCCCACAACCAUUUGGAAGGUCCAAUUCCAACAAGCUUCCACAAUCUACAAAGCAUUGAGAGUAUGGAUCUUUCAAAUAACAGUUUGAGUGGUGAAAUUCCUCUACAGUUAGAGGACUUGCACUAUUUAUCAGUCUUCAAUGUGUGCUACAACAAUCUAUCAGGUAAAGCACCUAACCAAGGACAAUUUGGUACUUUUGAUGAGAGUAGUUAUAGAGGAAAUCAAUAUCUCAAGUGGGGUAAUAGUAACAGAGGCAAUGCAACACUUCUUCCACCACCUCCAAAUCUGCCUAGUGGAGGAGACAAUGACGAUUCUGUAAUUGAUUUCACUUCUUUCCGUUGGAGUUUUGUUGCAUCCUUUGUCACAGUGCUGUUAACAUUUGUGACGAUUCUUUGGAUCAAUCCUUAUUGGCGCAGAGUAUGGUUUUAUUUUAUGGAAGAGCUCCUCUUUAAAUGCUUUGGUUGGUUCCUUGAAGAUGCAUUCUACUAGAAACCGUGCUUGUCAUUCGGUUGUUCUUUAUGUUAAUAUUGUGUUUUGUAAAGAUAUAGACAUGGAUAUACUUUUGCAUUUGGUACCAGAAUCUUGAAGUUGUAUGCUGUUAUGACUUACAAAGUUUUUUAUAAAGUUUUUGGG